CUCACAUGUAGGAGCCUGAUUGAAUGGUGGCAGAACACAGUUUUCAUAUAAUAUAUCAGUCUUCCGCACUGUUUGUGUAUUACAAACAAGUCUUUGGUAACAAUGAGUGACAACGAAAAGGAUUUCGUCGAACGGGAAUCCCGCUCACCCACUAGGAGUGAGAGUCCAAGAGGUUCUGCUAGAUCCACCAGCCGGUCCCCGGCCCUCUCCCCGGCCCAGUCAAAGGAGGGCUCUCGCCACUCCCGCUCCAAGUCCCGUUCUCGCUCCCGCUCCAAGUCCAGGUCCCGUUCCCACCGGAGCUCCCGUAGACAGUACUCUCGGUCUUGCUCCAGCUCUCGCUCACGCCGGAGACGCUCCAGGAGCCGCUCGUACAGCGGAGAGUACCGUCGUCGACGAAGUCACAGUCGCUCGCCCAUGUCCAACCGCAGACGCCAUAUCGGCAACAGGGUGAAUCCUGACCCAAACUGCUGUCUGGGUGUGUUUGGGUUGAGUCUGUACACCACAGAGAGAGACCUGAGAGACGUUUUCUCCAAGUACGGUCCGCUAGCGGACGUCUCCAUCGUCUACGACCAGCAGUCGCGGCGUUCCAGAGGCUUUGCCUUUGUCUACUUUGAAAAUAAAGAGGAUGCUAAAGAGGCGAAGGAGCGAGCGAAUGGGAUGGAGCUUGAUGGGCGGAGAAUCAGGGUGGACUUCUCCAUCACACAGAGGCCACACACCCCGACACCAGGAAUUUACAUGGGUCGUCCAACAUACGGUGGAGGGCCGAGCGUCAACUCCCGCCGGUCCUCGCGAGAUUAUUACGACCGAGGCUACGAUCGCUAUGACCGCUACGAUGAGCGGGACCACUACAGCAGAUCGUACAGACGCAGGUCUCCCUCUCCCUACUACAGCAGAGGAGCUUAUCGCUCCAGAUCCCGCUCUUACUCCCCCCGUGAGUAUCGUCCCCAUCGAAGUCAUUACUGACGGUGAAACCUUUGACGAGGAAAAGUGAACUGGUCACUGGUGUGUUCUCCAUUACUGAACCCUGUACAGUCCCUCAUAUGAGAGAUGCCCAUUAUGUUCUUAAAUAUGUCUCCCUCUUAUGCAUCAUUACAUGGCUUUU